AUGCAUGACGGACUCGCUGGUCUCAGUACUCUGGAUGCGACUGGAAAUGCAGUGACUCUCGAAAGUUGGGACCUGGUCAGCGGAUCCACAGACUGUCUUGGUGGCGGAGGAGUGUUCGGAUCGGCACAGGACUUCUUGGCUUUAAUGAAGGCUGUGUUGGUGGAUGGUUCAAAGCUGUUGAAGGAGAAGUCAUACGAGUAA